AUGGAAGAAAAAAAGAAUGAAAAACAAGACAUCAGUCUAUCUAGCAGUGAUUUACAUGAAAAACAAGACGAUACACUAGAACAGGGCAUGUCUUCGAACAGAGAUAUCUCUGAUAUAAAUGGCACUGAUCACACAGUAUACAAUAUUGGAAAUAGCACUGCUGAGAAUAAUAGUGAUGCAGAUAAUAGUGAUGCCAAAAGAUUUAUUGGUGUCACAUCUGGAUUAGAAGACCCACAGACUCUUAUAAAGUUUUUUUGCAAACUAUUAGUUAGUAAGCUAACAUUUAAAAAUAUACUUAAGUCUCUGACAAGUAUACUGGUUCUUUUAGUUGUAUACUAUAUCUUGUUCCAAUAUAUAGUCAUAAUCUUCUUGGCUAUGUUCUUCUUCAAGAGUGUAAGAAAUUUCUGUAUGCAGCACUUUUUAAACCAUUUGAGCUAUAGUUUAGUAGCUAUACUAGUACUGGUAUGCAUUAGUUUUCCCAAACUUUUGUACAUUCUGAUCCUUUAUGUCAUGCUUAUGUAUUCUUUGCUAGUUCUGGACUGGAUAAAAGACUGUUUCGCAUCUUACAAUUUUUUGGAUGGCUUAGUUUGCUUGGCAGGGCUGGCUUCCUCUCUUGCGCUGCUUUUAAACAGAUACUGGAUAGAGAAUAUAUGCAGCGGAUUUGCAUGGGUAGCGCUCUUGCAGCUUGCUAUUUUUGUAGCUUUAACUUUCAAUGCAGCAUUUUUAACAACAUUCUUUAUCGCAACAGAGAACUUUUUUGCUAUCACUGAUAAGAGAGAAUUAGGACAUAAAAAUAUGCCUAAAUACAGAUAUAGACUGAACGUAGCAUCUUCUGAUGAAAAAAGAGCUGAUCUAAAUAAGCAACUAGAAGAGCUACAAAAAAAGCUAGAAAAGAAUCCAGAAGAUGAAGGAAUUAAAGGAGAAAUAACUAGACUAGAAGAAAGGAAGCAGUGGCAUCUAAAUAAUCUAAUUAGUUUUAUGGACAAAUACGAUGCUAUAGACGGUAAUUACCAUAGAGAUAUUGCAUACAUCAAAUCUCAAAUAUUCACAUUCUCCGGAACCCGGCAGAUGCUAAAAUCAAUUUCUAUGGGCUGGCUGUUUGGCUUCCUGGCCGUAUCAGUUGUCUCUGGAUUCUCUGUCCUAUUUAUCCUAUGCUACUUUAAGUCAGAGCUCUCUCUGAGUGACUAUGCUCUAUCGCUUCUUCCAAUUACUAAAAACAUCAGCCCAAUAAUCGAUUAG